AUGUCCUUCCUUGGCGGGGCAGAAUGCUCGACCGCGGGCAACCCGCUCAGCCAGUUCCAGAAGCACGUCCAAGGCGACAAGCAAUUACAAGGAGACCGUCUGGCGCAGAGAGGACCCAACGCACUCGCCGGAGGCUUCCGCAGCGGUGGCGGCAGCGCCCAGCAGGAUGAGGUAUGCCGUCCCCCCCCCUUCGGACUUGGGCCUCCAGCUCGAUGUCAAAGGUGA